AUGGAGCAUAGAGAUGUCCAGGGCAACACUGACAAUGAGGACAAUGAUGACUCAUAUGUAAUAGGUGACUCAGAAAAGGGUUUACAUGACGCUAGUGGUGAUGAUUCCAUUGAUGAUGACCUUAGUGAUGAGGAUGAUCUUAGUGGUGAAGAAGAAUUUGGCGAUGCUCGGGCCACCAAUCGAUUAGAUAUCGAAGUAGAUGGAGAUGAUGAGAUAUUUGAGGAUGUGGCGGAUGUUGACUCCGAUGACGAUCGCCCCGUUCGUCGUCUCACUAAAAGGGCUUUUGCUGAUGGUGGGCUAAACGAGAGCAGCAUCCCUGAUGUUAGUGUUUGUCCCAUCAUACGCAAGGGUUUAUUGUUUGCCACAAUGGAUGAGUUGAAAUCAUGGUUGCAAGAGUACUCAAUUCUCCACCACCGUCCAUUUCGGGUGAUCAAUUCAUAUAAGGAGAAGAGGUACACCGUGGCUUGUGAGGAACAAUUGUGUCAAUGGAGACUCAACUCUAGGUUCAUUGCAAGGCAAUUGUGCCCUAUUGUGAAGCAUAUGCCAACCAUAACGGUGUCCGCGUUGGUUGAGACAAUCUUCCAACUAUACAACUACUACGUGAAGUAUGGAAAAGCAUGGAGAGCAAAGCAGCGUGCAUUGGAAAUAAUAUUUGGUAAUUGGGAAGAAGCGUAUGAGCGCCUACCGGUAAUGUUGAACGCAAUGAAAGCGGCAAAUCCCAGGACGCACUUUGAGUACGUGCCUAAGGUCGGUGAAUCAAGGAACGGCCGGGAGGUGUUUGGUAGGGCUUUCUGGGUUUUCGGUCAGAGCAUUGAAGCAUUCAAGCAUUGUAGGCCCGUUGUAUCAAUUGAUGGCACAUUUUUUAGAGGGAAGUUCGAGGGCACAAUGCUUAUAUGUAUUGGGACAGAUGUCGAAGACCAGCUUGUGCCGUUAGCCUUUGCCAUUGUUCGGAAGGAGGACACCGAUAGUUGGUGCUGGUUCCUUAGACUCAGGAGGUGA